CUUCGGGAGCAUAGGCAUCGACUCAAGCUCAGCACAUCCUGCCCUCCUUCAAUUCUGCGUCCGUGUUGAGGAGCGAGCGAGCGAGUAGAGGAAGGGAAUUUUCUACCAGAAGCUCGGCACCUUCUAGCAGCAGGAAGGAAAUCAGCCAUGGCGUCCGUCUCAAUGCAGGCGAUGUCCGUCUCCUCGGCCGUCUGCAAGACGAGCUUCCUCUCCGGAACUAGCAGCACUCGCUUCUCCAGGAAUGUGCAGGUCGCUGCCGCUCCCAUCUCUUCCCAAUCUUUGAAGGUCGAGGCCAAGAAGGGAGAAUGGCUGCCCGGUCUCCCCUCCCCCGCUUACCUUAACGGAAGCUUGGCCGGAGACAACGGAUUCGACCCCCUCGGUCUUGCUGAGGACCCUGCUGCCUUGAACUGGUACGUCCAGGCCGAGCUCCAGAACGGACGAUGGGCUAUGCUCGGAGUUGCAGGUAUGUUGGUGCCCGAGGUUCUGACCAAGAUCGGUCUGAUCAACGCGCCCCUGUGGUACGACGCCGGUAAGGUCGAGUACUUCGCCCCCGCCUCGACUCUUUUCGUGAUCGAGUUCAUCCUCUUCCACUACGUCGAGAUCAGAAGGUGGCAAGACAUCAAGUACCCUGGUAGCGUGAGCCAGGACCCCUUCUUCAAGAGCUACAAGCUUCCCCCUGGUGAUGUCGGUUACCCCGGAGGUAUCUUCAACCCUCUCAAGUUCCCCGCCAACCAGGAGUACAAGGAGAAGGAAAUCGCCAACGGACGAUUGGCCAUGCUCGCUUUCUUGGGUAUGCUUGUGCAAUCGAAAUUGACCGGAGCUGGACCUUUUGAGAAUUUGUUGACCCACCUUGCCGACCCGUGGCACACAACCAUUGUCCAGACACUCGCGAACUAGAUUAUCUGCGUCUUGUAAAGAUGGGACCUGUCCUUGAUGCGGAUUUAUGCUAGAAUUUGUCGACGCAUCCUUGGAGCGUUUUGAUGUAUUGUACCAUGUAACUACUUUCUCAGACCACCGUGUAUUUCAGCAAAACGACAUAAUUUUUCUUGGGCUGCUGCUCUGUA